CGUGACGCGGGGGCGCGCGGCGGGUGUCGGGUGACCUUCAGCAGCGGCGGCAGCGGGCGCUCGGCCGGGCCUGUGCUCCGCUCCUCGGAACCACCGCACCAUACCGCACCGCGCCGAGUCGUCCUCCCGCCGCGCCGCCAUGCCCAGGGGCAGCCGCAGCCGCACGUCCCGCGUGGCGCCGCCCGCCAGUCGGGCCCCACAGAUGCGAGCGGCAGCACCGGCACCUGCUGCCCGAGCUCCUGUCCCAGCCGCGGCGCCGGCAUCUGCUGUGGCUGCUCCCGCACCCAAGCAGCCAGGGCUGAUGGCACAGAUGGCCACCACUGCCGCUGGGGUGGCUGUGGGCUCUGCCGUAGGCCACACCAUCGGCCAUGCGCUGACCGGAGGACUUGGUGGAGGAAGCAGCUCUGAAGCUGCGAGGCCCGACAUCACUUACCAGGAGCCCCAGGCAGCUCAGCCUGCCUACCAGCAGCAGCAGCAGUCGCAGUUUGCUCCUUGCCAGUAUGAAAUGAAGCAGUUCCUGGAGUGUGCACAGAACCAGACUGACCUGAAGCUGUGCGAGGGCUUCAGUGAGGUCCUGAAGCAGUGCAGGUUUGCUAAUGGUUUAGCCUAAGCCUUCAGAAAGGUUGCUGAGACCAUCUUACAAGAACUGACCUGUGGAUGGAAAGAAGUUUCAGUAAUAAAGUCUAAAGCUGUCUGAUAUCUUGUUAGUUCAUAUAUGCACAUGCUUGUCCUGCUCGUGGCUUGAUUCCUGCCAUAGCUGUUACUGAUGUGAUACAACUUGCAGCCACAAAUUAACUCAGCACAGAAUGAAAGAAUGAACAAUAAAGCAAAAAGAGCUAAUUGGGGUUUGCUGAUUGUGUGUUGAAUGUGUUAUGGUGCAUAAAUAAACUUCUCUCUCUCAAAGUA